AUGUCCUGUAAGCUAUACUUGGGCGUCACGCGUAGAAGUCCCCCCGACGUUUUGCCUACGAAGCCGCCUGAGUCAUCAGCGAGGGACUGUCACACCAGUGAGAUCGACGGCAGAGCUUCUCAUCCUCAUACUGCGAGAGAUCUGUUUAGAUCAUCUUCCUCAGAUUAUAUCAUGUUUGCGACUUUCGAUGGAACCAUGAGCGGUGUAAGGAAGAACCGCGGCGGUAGAGUGCGAACUAAGCGGAAACAAGUCGCUCGUGCCUGUGACUGGUGUCGCCUGAAUAGGGUCAAAUGUAACGACAAUGAUCCUUGCGACAACUGUGCUGAGCGUGGGAACCUUUGCGUCACUGGUUCCAACGAAGUUCGUACUCUCGCUAGUGCGACAAAGGAGAUUGAAAGACUCAAGACUCAUAUCAGAGACCUAGAGGCUAAUGUCCGCGAAAAAGAAGCAAUCUCGAGUUUGCAAGAGGCGCCAUCAACGUCUUCUGUUCCUGCCUCAGAUUCGUCAAAAUGCACUGCAACCCAGACGUCGGCUACUCGUGCUGCCAUCUGGAUACCUGACGACGCAACCGGAUGUCUUCGAUACUGCGACUACUCAUCGACUGUCUCUAUGAUGCAUCGAUGCCACAAGUAUCUCAGCUCCGCUCUUGAGCAGCCUGAAUUGUCCAACCCCUUCGUAUUUGAAAUUGCAGCGUCGCCCAUCAGUACUGCUGAUGAUAGAGCACAUUCCGAUCUCAUGAGCAUGACGCGCCUCCAGGAAGAGCACUACCUCAAUCUUUUCUGGCAGUCUUACCAUAUCCUCCUGCCUAUACUACAUUUUGAGACCUUCACGCAACACUAUGACUCUUUAUGGAUUCCGGAUAACUCGGUUCGUGGUGACUCAGCUCUGGUUGAUAUGGUUCUUGCUCUGUGUGCUCAGUAUGGCAGUUGUUUUGUGGGUUCUACUGGGGUCUCUGGCGGACUUCAGGCUCAUGGCUCGACCCAUAUGAGCCAAUAUCUUUCCGAUCGUGCUCGAUCACUUCUGUUGGCAGAGACAGAGUCGCUGAGGAUCCAUAUCGUACAAUGCCAUCUGCUGUCGGCUAUCUAUCUUGAAAACAACUCCUUGACGAACGCAGCACAUGAAUGUAUCGCACAAGCGCUGCGUAGUGCUUCGGCCCUAGGUCUUCACCAUGAGCCACCAGCGACUAUGCCCGAGCAGGAAAAGGUUUUGCGUCGGAACAUCUGGUGGAGCAUCUAUAUUAUGGACGUCAGAAUCAGUCUGAAUCUAGCGCCGAUGUCAUCAAGGAUUGCGCACAAGCCUGUCCAUGAUUGGAUCAAAGAGGUCCCAGAUCUGCUCAAGACCCCCAGAACAGGCGCUGGUCGGCCUUUCUCAACAGCUCGUUCUGCUUUAGACCUGGAGGACUCAGUCCCUUCUUGGCUUCAAAGACAGCGCGUCAUGCUCGAGCUCUCAUAUCACAGUUCUCUCAUGAUCCUACACCGUCCAUUUAUUCGCUUCCCCUUCAGUUCUGUUGGUCGAAUCCCCAUCAGCGCCGAGCACAGUGUCUGGAGUCUCAAGCACGCGAUCAUUAUCACUCAAAUCAUCAGUCAAAUUUCGACUGAAAGUGAUGUGCUGAGUUUUGUACAUGAGACUACAAGGCUACUGUGGGAUGCUACGGUGACACUGCUUGCGUUUGCAAUGGCACACCCUUUCUGUCCUCAUACACCCUCCGCGCACGCCGCGUUGCAAACAGCUCUCGUCACUUUCGACGUCCUGGCUACAAAGAAGUCCGACCUAGCCCACAAAGCUGCAAGAACUACACACAAAGUUCUUGCGCACAUGGACUCUAUAGUUAGUGGCUUCCAGACAGGUUCACAGUCUACACCGUCCAAUACAACUCUUCGAUUUGUCAACGGCAGCGAUAGCGGCGCUGGAUCUAUUUUCUGGGUUCGAAGUCCUGUCGGAUCAAGUUGUGGAUCCUACAGCAAUGUCUCUUCCGCCACUGGUUGA